AUGGUGGUGGUGGCGGGGCGAAGAGAGGGGGAGAGGGGAAGUGAGGGGGGAGGAAGGACAAUCACAUGGGAGGGAUGGGUUGCAAGAAAGUACGGGUCAGAAGAUGAGUGGUGGGAAGAGAUCUCUUGGGAUUCUGAUUAUGGGUGGUAUGAGAGGAUUUUCUCUUGGGAUGGGGAGGUGCAAUAA